CCUGCUUUGUUUCGGGCGCUGGAGGGAUCCACCCUUGCUGCCGCCGCCGCCUUUAAGGCAUCGCAUCCGCUUCCCCGCUCGGGCGGAGGGUGGAACCGCCCUGCCCUGCCGGGACCCCCACCCGCCUCUGGCCCGUCUCCCUCAGCUGCGGCCGCCUCACAGGGGCCGCGCGCAUCAUGGCGCCUGCGCAGCGCAAGCGCGGCCUGGCGUAGAGGGGGGGAGGGGAAUAGGCCUCUCUGCCUGCACUCGAGGCGCUGCUAGGCUUCCUCAACUCCGCCGGCCCGGGAGCGUAUGAGAAGGCGGCCGCCGCCUGCUUCCUCUUUCCCGCGGGGAGGCUCCGCGGACGCCGCCGCCACCAUGUCGGAGAGGCUCAGCAAGACGUGUCUCAUCGCGGCCAGCGCGGCCGCAGCAGGGGUAUCUGCUGAUUCCUUCCUUCACUCUUUUACCCUGGCAAGCUCUGCUUUUAAUCUACAGGUUGCUACUCCAGGGGGAAAGUCAAUUGAUUUCACUGGUGUUAAUGAGGCAAACAUGCGUUGGAUCCAGGACUUCCGAAUGAAAUCUUACGCAAAUCCUGCCAAGCUGGAAUCAACUGAUGGUGCCAGAUACCAUGCUUUGUUGAUUCCAGACUGCCCUGGUGCCAUGGUGGAUCUGGCAAACAAUGGUUACUUAGCUAGAAUAUUGCAGCAUUUCAGCUCUGAAAACAAACCCAUUUGUGCUGUUGGACAUGGAGCUGCUGCCUUGUGCUGUGCCACAAAUGAGGACAAAUCCUGGGUAUUUCAGGAAUACAGCUUAACAGGUCCCUGUGUGUAUGAACUAAUAAGACUGCCUAGUUUUGCCAGUUUGCCUAUUAUCUUUGAGGACUUUGCAAAAGAUUCUGGAGCUAUCUAUAGCGCCAGCAAAGCAGAUGCAGUGCAUGUUGUAUUGGACAGACACCUUGUCACUGGACAGAAUGAAAAUUCUACAGUUGCAGCUGUCCAGAACCUUGUUUUUCUUUGCAAUGGCAGCAGAAAAUGAUGGUGCUCUUUGUAAAUGGGAUGAAUACAGAAGAAGUUUUCGAUUUUGAGAAAUGGAAAGGAGAACACUGCACAUUUGUAAGGAUGGGGGACUGUAAAUCAUGUGGUAAAACCCUUAAUUGAACUAUGUUUUCCUGCUUUAUUUAAAAAAAACAUUGUUCUAUCUUGUGUUAAUACAGAUUCUAAAAAGCCUGGUUAAAAAUUAGCAUGAAAAACCAUGGUUUGCAGCUCUGUCAACAGCUGAACACCUGAAUAAGAUAUUUUUGAAGCUAUUACUUUUUUAGUUAUCCAUGUGUCCAAAUCCUAACCCUUGUGGAGGACUAUAUGGUAGGAGUUUACAGUUGUGGCAAUUAACGAUAAUACAAAGUAAAGUAUUUGUUACACUUUCACCUAGGAGUUUUGAGUUUGAUUACCUGAAAUUUAAAAUAAGCUUCAGUUCAGUAAGCUACAAGAAUUAUUCUAGAUAAUAACUAAUUUUUUUUUGUAAGGCAAAGACCAUGAAGAUUCUAUAAAGUGGAAAACAACAAUUGAAUGGAAAGGCAUUUAAUCUUGGGGCGGUGAUAGGUGUGCUGGUUGGUUCGCUUAAUGCUUUUAAAAGAUAAUUUCAUUUAGGUUUUUUUGUACCACCCAUGAUUGUACAAGUCCAUUUUUAAUGACCACAGAAGAAAGUUAGAGAACCUGUUUAAGUUGGACUCAAUAAAUAUAAUUUCACCCUCUUAAAAGUUUGUAGUGUAAGAACUUUUGGCUGUAGCUGAUCAGAAUUGUAAUAGGCAACAUCUAGAAGGCUUCAAAUUGGCAAAGGCUGGUUUGAAGUAACACGUAAUAUAGCUGUUUCACAAAAUGAUUAGCUGCUAGUAGCAGCUUGGCUAUGUUUUUUGUGAAAUCAAUUUUAAUUUACCUGUUAAGCCUGGCUUAGGUAUUGUAAACCAUGUAUAGGACUACAGGGCAGAUUUCUAGUCAUACAAUAUACUGGUACCAUACCAAGCCGCCAUUUGAAUUUCCAAACAUGAAGUUUACAUUACAGCUACCUAAGUGCUGCAUUCCUAAGAGACCAAACUCUCAUCAAUUCAGACAUCAAAUCAUGAUUACAAUUACAGUUUGCAAGUCUCACUUCAAACCAUAAUUGGAGAUCCUUAAUCAUUGUUUGGUCAGAUGCUUAUUCAAGUUCAUUUGGUGGAGCUAGGUUAGUAAUCAUAAUUGUAUGUAAGAAAACAAACAUCUUGCUUAGUGCUAUGAACCCCAUCCACAAGCAUAAAGUCUUCAACUAUUUUGAUGAGAAUUCUUCAACACACUUUCUGCAUUAUGGUAAGUGUAGACAAUAUCAACUUAUCCUUUCUAGGAAGUAGGAAUGAAACAUCAUACCUAUUACUUUGUACAAAUAAGUGAAAGCAUUGUUAUACCACAAUACUUUUUAUUAUUACCACUAUCGCCAUCAUUUUGAAGGGAACCCUUCCAGUCAAUUGGUCCUUUAGUCAUCUGCAACUCCCCCCACAGCAGUAUCAAUUUUGAUAUACAAAAGCGCCAAACACACUGAGAAUGUGUUACGUUUGCAAAAUCAUAUAAAAAGCCUGGAAUACAGAAAAUCCAUUCAUAUGCAGCUUGUACAGCCAUACAGCUUCCAAGACGUUUGUCAUGCCUACUUUCCAUUUGCAGCGUUGAACAUUCGUUCCUAAGAGAAGAAAAAAUUCAGGCAUUUAACAGGAGGCAAAUCAUGAAACAUCCAGAAAAUAGUUUCACAUGUGUAAGUUUUCAACUUCUAAAAUUGAAAAACAGUAUGGAUUAGGCUUUAAUAGAUCUCAUCAAUUUAAUACUUAUUUUAUGAACAUUUUACACUGCUUCAUAUAAUAAAAACCUAAUCUGCUUACUUAAAAAUUUCCUAAAGGCAAGAGAAAGCAAAGCACUGUUUAAAUUCAGUAUUCUAAAUGGAUAUCGACAGUUCUAACCAAUAAUGUUGAUCUCUAAUAUCCAGUUAGUCUUAUGGAAUUAACAUGUUUUAAUCCUCUCCAUUGGUGAACGGUUAGAAAUGAAACUGAAACAGCAAAUAAGCCAAAUCAUUAUAUGAACUAAUGUAUAGCAGACUGUAAGAAGAUAAAACCCUCUUAAUGUUACCUUUAUCAUCUGCUCCAAUUUAACUGCAUCAGCAGCAAACUUUCUGAUCCCAUCAGACAACUUCUCCACAGCCAUUUGGUCUUCAUUAUGGAGCCAACGGAAUGUCUUCUCAUCCAGAUGGAUCUUCUCCAGGUCAGAUGCCUGAGCUGAAAUGAAGAAUGCACGAAGCUACUGAAUCUUAGAAAUCUAGCAGGUCAUUUGGAUAGAACAGCUCUUAAUGGGUGCAGUCCUUUUCGCAAAAUCAUCCCAUCACUAAAUGCUAAGACAGCAAUUGCUGCUCAACUUUGCACAGCGCCCACAGCAAAUGUUUAUUCUGAACUCUUACAAAACCAGCUGUACAGAGUUCAUGGUAUGUAUAUUUGCGUUUUUUUAAUGCAAACCACCCUGUGAUCCUCAGAUGAAGUGCAAUAUAGAAAAUUUUAAUAAUAAUUUAUUAUUUAUACCCCACCCAUCUGGCUGAGUUUCCCCAGCCACUCAGUACAGUAGUCUAUUAAACAUUAAAAACUUCCCUAAACAGGGCUGCCUUCAGGUGUCUUCUAAAAGUCUGGUAGUAGUUGUUCUCUUUGACAUCUGGUGGGAGGGCGUUCUACAGGGCGGGCGCCACUACCGAGAAGGCCCUCUACCUGGUUCUCUGUAACUUGGCUUCUCACAGUGAGGGAACCACCAGAAGGCCCUCAGUGUUGUGCUUUAAGCUCCACAGUAGGUUGCUGUACUUGGGUUCAGCAACCUAAGUACAAGAGCAAACAUACUGAUCUAAAAACUAUUUUGGAUAUUUGAUUAUCAAAAAGAUGAGCUGACAACAGUGUUUCUCAUUUACUCCAAAUCCCAUCUGAUCUUAUCCAGAGAAUAAAUUUGUUCAACCAGAGAAAGUUUAGAAUAAAAGAUUACAAAAACCAACACAUUCUCCACGUCAGCUCUGGGGUCUACAGUGGAACCUCGGUUUACGAAUUUUCGGUUUACGAAUGACUGUGACUCAGAAGUAAGUAACAUGAGGUGUCCGAGGCCUACGGAGGCCUCCGCAAAGGCCUGAAGACUGGGCUGCAGCUGCGGAGGCACUCCCAUGGCUCUACGAAGGCACGAAGCGAAGGCCCGGCCUCCGCAAAGGCAUCAGAGCAUCUGCGACUGGGCCGCAGCCACGGAAGCUCUCCCAUGGAUCCGUGAAGGCCGGCCUCUGUGGAGCCAUGGGAGCGCUUCUGCAGCUGUGGCCCAGUCAUAGAUGCUUUGAUGCCUUCUGGGAGGCUGGGCCUUCGCCCCGGGCCUUCACGGAGGCAUCCGCGACUGGUCCACAGCCACGGAAGCACUCCGAUGUGGAAGAGGACUCCGAGUCCCCAUCCAAACAAUGACUAUCAGCAGCCCAGGUAAGAAAAAAAAAUCACAUUUUCAUUUUGUACUGUUUUAUUGAUUUCAUUUUAUGGAUCAAUGGUCUCAUUAGACAGUAAAAUUCAUGUUAAAUUGCUGUUUUAGGGGGUGUUUUUAAUCGUCUGGAACGGAUUAAUCCACUUUCCAUUACUUUCAAUGGGAAAGUUCGCUUCAGUUUAAAUACGCUUCAGUUUAAGUACAGACUUCCGGAACCACUUGUGGUUGUAAACUGAGGUACCACUGUAUUACAAUCCCUCUGAUGCCUGAUUCUGCAUGGAGCCACAGCUCCUUAAAAUGCUUCAAAGAUAUAUACAGUGGUGCCUCGCAAGACGAAUUUAAUUCGUCCCGCAAGUCGCUUGGUAUAGCGAAAAAUUCGUUUUGCGAAGCGGCUCCCAUAGGAACGCAUUGAAGUGCGGUUUCCCAUAGGGUGCCUCGCAAGACCCGGGGGGGGGAUUUAUCUUGCGAAGCACCCUAUGGGGCGAAAAAAAUUCGUCUUGCGAAGUGCGCCAUAGGAAACUUUGUCUUGAGAGUCUCCAUUGAAAUCUCAAAACGCUUUCAUUUUGCGAGUUUUUUGUCUUGAGAGGCAUUCGUCUAGCGAGGUACCACUGUACAGUGAUAACAGGGUAAAGCAAUUAAGGUAUUCCUUAAGUAGAAGUCAACCCUUAAACACUUGGAGGACAUUGUAAUGAACAAAUGUCGGAUUGUCAUCCUAGUUAAUCAUCCUUAGUAAAAUAUAUUGCAAGACUAUCACACACAAUAUAUAAAAGAAGGCAACCUACCAUCUUUGACAUUGAGCAUCGGGGUUAGCUUGCUGCUAUCUUUACUGAGCUCUCCCAGAAGCUUCGGUGAAAUGGUGAGAAAGUCACAACCAGUCAGUGCUUUGAUUUCUCCGGUGUUUCGAAAUGAAGCUCCCAUCACAAUAGUUUUAUAGCCAAACUUUUUGUAGUAAUGGUAGAUUUUAGUGACACUUUUCACACCUAUAAAGAAUAUGGAGUAGGGUUUUUUUUAUAAAAAAAUACUAUGCAAAUUACUUAACCUUGAAUAAACUCUCAGACCUCAACUCUUUAAAAAAACCUUCCUCCUAAAAAACUAAGCAUUUGGUGUGACUGUUAAAAUCUUAAUGUUUGUCACCAUUACCUGGGUCUUCUGAUGGCUCGUAUGUCUUCUUGUCUGUAUUUGCUACAUGCCAAUCCAGGAUACGCCCAACAAAAGGAGAAAUGAGUGUGACUCCUGCUUCUGCACAGGCAACAGCCUGAGCAAAGGAAAACAGCAAGGUCAAGUUGCAGUGGAUCCCAUGCUGCUCUUCAAGAACCCUGUUAAAAGAUACAGCCUUAGAACAGAAUUACUUCCCCCACCAACUAUAAUUAUACUGCUGGGAAAAAAGGAAUAAAGAAUUUACUACAUAUAUACAUUUUCAGAUUACUAACUUUUAGAAAUUAUUGAUUUGUCAGUAUUUACCCCACAAAAAACAACCUCCAGCUCUAAAAAUCUAGUUUCAUAUCAGAAACUGAAUUACAGGUGUUUCAGUCUGGAUAGGAGCAGGCAAUUGAAAAUAAGAGGUGACUGCUUAGUAUUAGAUUAUAUUGCAUCUAUACUACAUUAACACAUAAGGUACAAACUUACUUGGCAGCCUGAAUGCCCUCCCAUGUUGAAGACAGCUUGAUGAGGAUGCGAUCUUUACUAAUUCCUGCUUCUUUAUAAAGAUCUAUGAAGUGUCUGGCCUUCUUCACCAUGCCUUCCUUGUCAAAAGACAACCUUUAAACCAAAGGAAUUUUUUUUUUAAUGUGCAAGCAUUCAUCUUUGGUUUUGUUUUGGUUUUUAGUUAACUGUAUAGUAUUUCUCCAUUAAUCGUGGGUACUAGCUCAGUAGGUAGAAAAUCAUUCGGCAUUAAUGUGUUUAAGCUUGAAGUGUUACAAAUCUAUUGGUUUGUAUUUAUGUGGAGAGGAGACCUUAGCGCAUAACUUGUUAAAAGUUUUGUUAUUUUGGAAAAAGAAAAAAUGGUGUCUCUUUGAAUUUUCUGGGAUUUCCUCUGUCCAGCUAAACAGAACUUUUAAGACAAAGUAUUGAGCAGAAUAAUUUGCCAAGUCAGCACUUUCCCUUAUGUGACAAUGUCUAUUUUGCUCUUUAUACCCCCGUUAGGAGCACAUCUUUCCAAUAUGUGUACUCAUGGCAAUAUGGUGUGCAGGCACUUUUCUACUAAUUCUAUGAUGUAUGUAUGUAUGAAUGAAUGAAUGUAUUAAAUUACACCCUCCCUUUCCUAAAAAUAAAGUGGCUAGCAUAAUAAAAGCAAAACAAAAAAUUAAACUCAUAUUCUAUAAAAGUAAUAGCAUAAAUAACAUCACCAACAUAAUUAACGAACAGCUUAGGAUAGAGCUGGCAAGCAUCUUAUUCACAAAGUUAAACACCUCCAAGAUCUUCCCCACACGGUAGAAGAUCAUAGUGGUGAUGAAGGCAUGAGCAAGAACUCCAGAGCUUAGGCAUGAUUACCGAGAAGGCCCUCCUCCCACUAGUCCCAACAAGGAAUUAUGCCAAGAUUGAUUACACAAGAGGGCCUCAGCUGAAGAACUGAUGAGCAGCUGGGUUCCUUUAUUUUAAGGCAGAGACCUAGAAGGCAAUUCAGGAGACACACACCUUGCAUCUACUUCUGUGGACACACGGCCAGGUAUCCUCUUCAGUAUUUCUGCCCCAAACAAUAUAAAAAGCUUGUCACAAGCAUUUUUAACUUGGUCAUCUUCUGACCUGGAAAUAAAUAAAAGA